AGUWGUUGUUAUACACAAACACACAGACAGUGUGUAUAUUGAAAACCAAAACAACAAUCAAUCAAAAAAUAAAAAGGAGUUGUGUUUUAGUCAUACCAUUGAAGUCAGACAAAUAAAUCCCAUUUUACAGAUCCAACUGAUCCAUCCAUYCAUCUAUUCAUCAAUCAUGUCCUCCAACGAUGACGGUUCAGAUMGGCCACCGCCRCCSCGAAACCCGCCGGGAAACUUUCAGGACCUGYUAMGGCUGUGUAUGUCUACUGUACCGCAAGAUCCCGACGAAGAUGAUGGUAAUAAUAGACUACAAUCACCGCAAGCCAUGGAACCGGACGAUCGCGAAUGGCUAUCGUCGGCACUGUCGUCGAUGACUACGAGCGUUGUCCAAGAAAUGGCUGCCAACAUCAAGACCGUCCAGGACGGAUUGGCCGAAUCGGGCACCGGCGGCUGAUGGCCGUCUAUGGAAACCGUUGAUAAAAUCCARUCGGCCAUCGACUCACUUAUCGACCGGACCGGCAAUUUGGACAAUGCCGGCGAUUUCUGCAAAAUUGGCGGUUUCGACAUAUUCGAGCCGCUGUUGKCCACRAAAUCCGAUGAACUCAAGUGCAGCGCCUGUGAACUGGUGGCCGAAGUWGUYCAAAACGAACCGACGUGUCAACAGCAGGCACUGGACACCGGUUUGUUGCAGUCAYUGGUUUYGUUGGUCGCCAACGAAGAGGCCAGCGAUACGGUUCGGGCCAAAAGUUUGUACGCUYUGUCGUGUUUGAUACGCGGCAACGAUCGAGCACUKGAUGUGUUCCAGAGCCGUACGGUUAACGGCUUGUCGGUACUGUUGGACGCUAUGGAGUCGGCGGGAACCGCCUCGRCUGACGGUAAACUMCGAACAAAAGCCGCUUUYCUGAUGAGCUCAUUGUGUCAGCGGCCGUCGGUUCGCGACACACUCUACGAGUUGGGUGUAUUGGAUCAGYUGAUCCGAUGUCUGAACAGYGGACACGACGGCUCACACGAACACUUGAUGUCKACAYUGCUGGCGCUGGUCGGUCACGAACAGCUACGCAAAGAUUGUCGACAUCCUGACAGACAGUURCGUCAGUUUCUGCGGCAACGUAUCGAUCAGAUCCAAWCSGACGACAAGUUUAUCGAAGAACUUGAUUACUGUCGGCAACUGUUUGAUCUGCUAUUUGUCGACAAAGACGCUCCCGAUUGUUACCGUUGAUGGCCAUCAAAGAGAAGAUAAMAAAAAUGAUUUUUU